AUGAGAUCAUAUGCUUCACUUCAGCUACUCUCUGUUGUUUCUCUUGUUCUAUUUGUGACUUGUGACUCCUUUGCCAUAGAUGAAGUUUGGGCACUUACAACAUUCAAGGAAGCUAUAUAUGAAGACCCACAUAUGGUUUUGUCCAAUUGGAAUGCCUUAGAUGCAGAUCCAUGUGGUUGGUCUGGCAUUUCCUGCUCUUUUGCUCGAGACCAUGUUGUAAAGAUAAACAUUACUGGGUACUCUUUAAGGGGAUUUCUUGCCCCGGAGUUGGGUCGGAUCAAAUUUUUGCAACAACUAAUCUUGCACGGCAAUAAUCUGAUUGGGAUCAUACCAAAAGAACUGGGACUGUUGAAAAACCUCCAGGUCUUGGAUUUGGGAGCGAAUCAAUUAACAGGCCCUAUUCCUCCUGAGAUUGCAAAUCUAACCAGUGUCAUGAAAAUAAACCUCCAGUCCAAUGGGUUAACAGGAAGCUUGCCUCCUGAACUUGGCAAUUUGAAGUCCCUUCAAGAACUUUGGCUGGAUAGGAAUAGACUUCAAGGAUCUUUUCCUGCUAGUAGCAGCUCGGAUGUCGCAUCUAGUGCAUAUGGAAUGUAUGCUUCAAACACAAACUUAACUGGCCUGUGUAGAGCAUCUGAAUUAAAAGUGGCUGAUUUCUCAUACAACUUCUUUACUGGGAGCAUUCCCAAGUGCUUGGGGUAUCUCCCGAGCUCAAGAUUCCAAGGGAACUGCCUUCAGAACAAAGAUCCAAGACAGCGUUCUUCUUCUCUUUGCGAUCGUGCUCCACCUGCCAGAACCCAUCAAACAACAAACCCCAGGCACCAGCCUGCUGAAGACGUAUCCAAGCGGCAUCAGAAGGCAUCAAAACCUGCCUGGCUUUUGGCUCUGGAAAUAGUGACAGGAACCAUGGUGGGCUGUCUCUUUCUUAUUGCCUUUCUAACAGCUAUUCAGAGAUGCAAUAACAAAUCUUCUCUCAUAAUCCCUUGGAAGAAAUCAUCGAGUCAGAAGGAUCAUGUGACAGUAUACAUAGAUUCUGAGAUGUUGAAAGAUGUAGUAAGAUUCAGCAGGCAGGAGCUUGAAGUGGCCUGUGAAGACUUCAGUAACAUUAUUGGCUCUUCUCCAGACAGUUUGGUUUACAAGGGCAACAUGAAAGGUGGGCCUGAGAUUGCUGUCAUAUCCCUCUGCAUCAAAGAGGAACAUUGGACAGGCUAUCUUGAACUCUAUUUCCAGAGAGAGGUGGCAGAUUUGGCAAGAUUAAAUAACGAGAAUGCAGGAAAGCUGCUUGGUUAUUGUAGUGAGAGCACUCCAUUUACGAGGAUGUUAGUUUUCGAAUAUGCAUCAAAUGGGACCCUGUAUGAGCACCUUCACUAUGGAGAAGGAUGCCAGUUAUCUUGGACACGGCGCAUGAAAAUUGUCAUAGGCAUUGCUCGCGGACUGAAGUACCUUCAUGCAGAACUUGAGCCACCAUUUACUAUAUCAGAGUUAAAUUCCAGCUCCGUUUAUCUCACAGAGGACUUUUCCCCUAAGUUGGUUGAUUUUGAAAGUUGGAAGAGUAUUCUUGCAAGAUCAGAGAAGAACUCAGGCUCCAUAGGCGGCCAAGGUGCUAUUUGUGUACUUCCUAAUUCUCUGGAGGGGCGCCAUCUUGAUGUCCAAGGGAACAUUUAUGCUUUUGGUGUUCUUUUGCUGGAAAUAAUCAGUGGAAGACCUCCAUACUGCAAGGACAAAGGGCGCCUGGUAGAUUGGGCUAAGGACUUCCUCGAACUGCCAGAAGCAAUGGCUUAUGUGGUAGAUCCCCAGUUGAAGCAUUUCAGAUUCGAGGACCUCAAAGUUAUAUGUGAAGUGGUAAAACUUUGCAUCCAUCCAGACUCCACCGGGCAGCCUUCAACGCAGGAGUUAAGUGCCAUUCUAGAGAGCGGAAUUGAUACAACUAUAUCUGCUGACUUUAAGGCAUCUUCCUUGGCAUGGGCAGAGCUUGCACUAUCAUCAUAA